AUGCCACCAAGAGCAACUCCUUAUCGUCGUCGUGCCGGAGCUCCUGAAGACAGCAACAAGCAGUUUCGGCGGCCCAGCCUACCUGCGCUGUACGGCACGCCCAGCGCGCGUAGGCAGUACACAUACGGAGCUGCUGAGGAACCGUCGCCCAGCAGACCUGUCCCGCGGGACGAUAUCAUCGACAUCAGCGGUGCAGUUGAGGGCGCUCUUGAAAGACGCGAGCAGCAACGAUUGGAGCGGGAGCGCCGACAGGCAGGCUCUGACAUAUUCCUUGAGGAAGCUCAACGGCAAGACAACGCCGGCAAGGAGGCAAGAGGGCAAGCAGCUGACCUUCUCGCAAUGCCUCCACCUUCAUUCACGCCACGUCGAGAUCCGCCGUCAAGACAGGUCGGAUUUGCGUCCCUGGCGGACCAGGAAGACGACAGCGACUCAGAUGAUGCUCGCAGUUUCGGAGUGGAAAGCGACUACUAUGGUGAUGCUACGAUAGCAUCGACACCAGGUAAUGCGCCAACCACCGAAACCCGUCAGGGACGCAGCGCACUGUCGCAUAUUCGGACAGCGGAACAGCAGCUCCCCGCUACUUCCGAAGAGCCUUCUCAAACACCCAGAAGGCUCCAGCAAUCCUCAAGUGCCGAAAACGAGCAGCCCAGCUCGCCGAGCACACAGGAUACACCCGGUUUGCGCAGUAGUCCUCGACGACCGAAGCAGCCAAAGCUCAAAGCUGCCGUCCUUGACUCUCAGCAGCCUGGCGAGGUACAGAGCAGAGUCCAAGUCGGGACGCGUUCAUCGAGACUCUCAGAGUCCAGCCAACGCGCACCACUGCGGCAGCGAAGUGGAAACUCAGACCACGGAAAAGGCGAGGUCGAAGAAGACACGAUGGCUCGUCCAAGUCUCUUCGCGCAAGCCAAAGGUCUUGCGGCACCAGCUAGCCCAUUCUCCACUCGUCCAUAUUAUGCAUCCGACCACAGCGAAAUGGACGAUGCCAUGCAACGAGAGAUUCGCUCCGACGAGGGUGAGUCGAUGGAAGACGACUCGCCACGGGCCUGGACAAAGUCCACGGCGUCCUUGCCGCUCCUCCACCGCGAUGUGCCCCAUGUUGAGGACAGCUCGCAUGCGGACACUAUCAACUGGUGGCAGCUGCUCAACCCCUACACCUACUUCCAGGCGUUGGGCUGGGUGUUGAGUGCAGCGUAUUCCUCUUUUGCGGGUUUUGUCAAUAUGCUGUACCCGCAAACGCUCAUGGACGGUCUGUUUUCCUCGCUCGAAAUGGUGCUCUAUUUCGUCGCUGCAGUCAUUGGGCUCAUCACAGUCAUCAGUGUGAUGCAUGCGGCCAUUUUCGGCAAGAUUGAUGGCGACUUUAGCAUGGAUCGCCUUCUUUCAGUGCCCGAGAUUCACUGGCCAGAUCUGGCACAUGUGGCCGACAAAGCUCAUGGGCUUGUGCCUGCAUUCUCUUGGCCUGCACUCUCUUGGCCUGCAUGGAGCCAUUCUCCCUCAUUACCAGAUCUUUCACACCUGGAUAAUGAUGGCCUGGCCCGCUUAGAUGAGUACUUGAAACAGUACCAGCGCGAAUUUGAGCGCAUACAAAGCGCCGGCCGGCUCCAUGACAGUUCGCUGAAGAAACUGGAGGCAGUUGUGCCCAAACUGGUGCACAUCGAGCUGAAAGAUGGCAAGCCCGUGGUUGCGCAGGAAUUUUGGCACGCUCUGAGGGAUCUUAUUCACCGGGAUGGUGAUUUUCUCACUUUCGAAAAGAAAGGCAACAGGUACGAAGUCGCAUCUGAGGCGCAUUGGGAAGCUAUUGCUUCUCGCAUCACCAAAGAUCCGACCUUCACCAAGAAAAUCAAUGCCACGGUGGAUAGCAUGGAGGUGCGAGUCAAGGAGGGCGCUGCAGGAUUCUGGGACUCAUGGAUCAGGAACAAUGACGCCAAGAUUUCAGAGAUGCUUGGUUCUGCGCUUGACCAGAUCCAGAACGCCGGGUCUCAGAGGGACUUCGACAAGAGACUGCAGCGCAUCGUCAAGGAGCAUAUCGACGAGAACAAGAAGGACUCUUCGAUUGUCUCCCGCGACGAAUUCCUCCGGCAUCUCAAGAAUGAGUUUGCCACGCACCGCUCAGAGGUCCGCGCGGAACUAGCGGAACUGCAGCCACAGCUCGAUAACUUGGUCCGGCAAGCAGCUGAGCUUGCUAGAAAAGAGACGCCAGAAAGCAUGAGCAAGGAUCAGAUCGCCAGCCUCGUCCACGGCGUGGUUAACAAGGCUAUAGCGGAUAUGAAUCUCGAAGCCUUGGCCCGUGGCCAGAUCUACUCGCAUUGGGAUGGCAUUCUGCGACAACAGAUUAACUACUUUGGUGUCGGUGCUGGCGCAGUCAUCGACCAGAAGCACAUCUCCUCGACAUUCGAUCCCCCAGCAAGCUCCAUGUAUGUGCAGCAGAAGGGCAUCAGAGGAGUUCAGAAGCCUAUCCCGCGAGCGGCCCUCGAACCAUGGACGGAUGAAGGAGAUUGCUGGUGCGCGGCACGCUCUGUGAACCACAGAGGCAACCCGCACGGCGCCAUCUUGGCCGUAAUACUCGGCCAUCGCAUCAUCCCGCACCAUAUUGUGGUUGAGCACAUUGUUGCUGGUGCCACGAUGGAUCCAAGCGCGCGACCCAAAGAGAUCGAGAUCUACGCCGAGAUUGACGCAGAGCUUCGAGAUCUGGCAAGGGACUUUUCGGCGACGCACUACCCGGACAUUUACCCCCUUAAUGAGGAGGAAGAUGCCGGCUGGAACGUCAGCCCCGCCAAGCUCCCCGAGCGAUUCGUGAAGAUUGGACAGUUCAUAUAUGAUGAUCUCCAGUUUCACGACGGGGUGCAGGUCCACAGGCUGAGCGACGACCUGCUCAAGCUUGGCCUCGCGACGGAUCACGUCAUUGUUCGAGCGGUGAGCAACUAUGGCGCAAAGACGCAUACUUGCUUUUACCGUGUGCGGCUAUAUGGGCACCGCUUCCAGGAAGAUGGCAUUUCUACCUGGUGA